UUAUCAUCAAGGUCAACGAGACAAACCCCGACAAACAGUCGAAAAAUCACUGUUAUGGAUAUAAAGGUAACAGUGUCCCCAUCAGUCACAUUUUAGUAAUAAAACAAUGUCUAAACUGCAGGAUUUGAGCGUUUUUCUGACAGACAGAUUAACUUUAGCUGCCCAGGAGAUAUUUAAGGCUGUGGAAGAUAUCUUCUCGGAGUACAAUGAGGAAAUCUGUCGCUCCAGAAAUGAGAUUGAGUUGCUGAGGAGGAGACUGCAGCAGGCUGGACUUCAGAUCGACUCUGAAACACAGUUCUGCUCCAAUGAGGCUCAAGAUAUGAAUGCAUGUACAGAGGAGCAAUGGAGAUGUGAACAAAAUGAGAAAGAUACAAAGGUGCAUGUGAAACUGGAGGUGUACACACAGCAGGAAGAAAAUGACGUCCAGAUGUCAGUGUGUAAUGAACUGAGAACUUUAUUAUCGCCAUGUAUGAGCACAGACCAUGAUCAGAUGGCCAGCAAAAAUAUUGAAAGUCCAAUGAUGGACAACAGUGAGAAUGAUUUUCCCUUCAAUAACCAAUACGCUCAGAUUACGAAUGAACCUGGGCUUUAUACUGAAGAGGGUAGUACCAAUAGGACGCAGCACUUCACAAGACACAGCUCAGAUGAUCCAGGGGGGAGUGGUGCAUCCACUUUUGCACAUACAACACAAGAGUUUAAUCUUCCCUUCAGAAACCAACAGAUGUUGAAGCAGCAAAGAAUGGAAUUGGCCCAAAAAAGGAAGAGUCAGUCAUCUGUCUGUCAUAAUGAAGUCUCAAAAUCGGACAAACUGAAAACCAUCAAAGCAAGAUCUUACCGUGUCUGGAGGGAUCGCUUGAAAAAUGAUCCUGUAAAAUAUGCUGACUUCAAAGCUUCUGAAGCUGCAAGAUUAAGAGAGUACAGAAGAAGAAUGUCUGCUACUUCUCUAGAAAUGUUUAGGAAACAGAACUGUGAGAACCAGAGAAGAUUUAGAGCCAGAAAGAAGUUACAACAGUGUAAAGCUGAUAAAGAGCCUAAGCCUCCUAAUUAAGUCUUAACAACGAAAAAGUAACAAGAGUAUAAUAGGAUAAAGAAAAGAGAGACUACUUUGUAAAAGAAAAAAAGGACCGACACGUCACAAACAAAUAUUGUCUCUCUACUCAAUUUACUCAACUGGAUCUACAGGCUUUAGAACUAAAUCUGCAAAAUGGAUGGCUGUGAUACAGAUGAGGAAAAAUCCAGCUGAUGCACAACAGUUUGCAGACAUUUUAAUGGACUUUAUCCAUCACUGUACUCCUCAAGCAAAUUUGAAAACUAUCCAUCUCAAGACAAACCAUGACUAAAUCUCUGGAGAAGGAUGAUACUGCAUUCUUGGAGAGCACGCAGCUGAUUGUCAUUCGUUUGAUGGUUGCCAAACAGUACAGAGUGCAACAUAUUGUAGCAAGGUGCUUUUACCUUUGUAUAGCAUAUCUCACCAAAUUCAAAAUCAAGCUCUCAUCCAAUGAAUGGUUACUAACAAAAGGCAGGUCUGAUGCCACAUACAUGGAUGUUGUAACAAGUUUCUGCUUUCUAUCAAUAUUUAAAGGGGACAGAGAAUGAAAAACCAUUUUUACCUUGUCUUUGUUGAAUAAUGGUAGUCUACCCACAUUCACAAACAUACAAAAAGUGCUAAACAUCUCAGUCUCAUAGUAAUUCCUCUUUUAGAAAUGUCAGCCAGAAAACAGCCCAAUCUGAAAAACUGAUGCUUAUGACAUCACAGGCAUCUCACUGCCCCUCCACUUUAAAAUAAUUGGCUACAUUAUUUUAGUGGCAGCAAAGUCAGCCAAUCAGUAAUUAGAUUGCAAGUUAAGCCAGUAGGGGGAGCCAAAUAGGUGCAAAACCACAUGUUUAAAAUCCCCCACCCUAAUAGAACUAUCUGAGAGAUGUUUUUAGGAAGCUUCUAAGGCAUUACAGACCCAAACAAAAUUUUUUUUGUCUAAAUGUCACAUCACAGAACAAGGAUAAGUACUCCUUUCAAUCAUUCUGUGUCACCUUUAAAAGUAGCACGAGAGCUUUCGUACAUGAGGACUGAAACAACAAUUAAGAUUCUUCAUGUAGAUCUGUCAAUAAAAAGUCGAUGAAUUUUGAAAGCUGGAAGAGAAACUGGGCCCUUUAGUCCUACUAGUACUUUUGAUCUAACUUUAUUUUAUUUUGAUAGAAGAUUCUCAGAGAUUUUGUCAUCUUGUACAGUCCAUCCACCCAAGUUGUUUUUGGUCAAAUUUCAACACCAACUGAUAGCAGACUUUGGAAGUUUCUGAAGCGGUGCAGAAACAACAGUUUUCUUCUUGGCCCAAUACUCUUGAUGUUGAACUAGUGGAUGCAGUUCACACAUUUUAUUGACCUGAUAAACUUGACUGGACCCUAUACAUUCUCAUAUAAUAAAGAGAAGUUGAGAAAAGAGAAGAAUUAGAAAAACAAGGAUAUAAAAAAAUGCAUAUUAGUUUAUAUCAAACAUAAUUAAUUAUACGAAGAACUAAAUUUCCAUAAGUGACAUUUCACAACUGACACUCUCAGUAGUUACUUGUGUUGAGUUUUACUAUGAAGAGUUUUGUUAAUUUCAUAGUUUUUCUAUUUCAGAUUUUAAUUCUACCUUGUAGUGCAUCUGAUGUGUAUUAGUUGUCAGAUAAUUCAGGCUAUGGUUCAAUUGUACAAUAGCUUGUACUCCUUUUUUGAUCAAUUUUAUAUGAUAAUGUGCUUAGAAUUGUACUAUAACACUAACAGUUAUAUUUCUACCCUUUUCCCAUUCAUGUGUAAUUUCAGUACAAUGAAUUGUAAUUUACAUUUGAGUUAAAGUUGUGUUUAAUUCAGCCUUUGGUUUCAUUUUGACUGAUUGUAUCAAUGUGAGACAGCAGGCUUUUGCCAAAAUUUAUAAUUAAACCGGGUUCGUACCCGAAGGGGAGGGAGGAAAAAAA